CUCCCGAGUGCUGGGAUUAAAGGCGUGCGCCACCACACUCAGCUGGAGUCAUUCUUUCUUACUCAUUCCUGCUGAGGCAGAUCUAAUGAUUUGGCCUGUCCCUCCCCCUAUCUGCUUACUUCUCUGUCUUCCUGGAGGAAGACCCUGUAAUACUCCUUGUGGCCCUCUUCCUCCACAGGAGGGCCCCUCGACUCACCAACAAGCACACUCACACUUCUGUGAGCAACCCCUUCCUCACACAUACAUAGCCCUCUCUCCCUGACACUUAGGCAGGUGCUUGCACGUCUCCACACACCUUCUCACUUUCCAGCAGCCGUCUCUCGCCCCCGUGAUGGCCUAUUAACUUCUGUCCUCUCAGCUGGAUCUGUGGAUCUCUCAGCUCCAGUCUGGCCCUGUCAAAGCCCCUGUGUGUGGCUGUCUAUCACUGAGUAAUGACAGGUGCGUGGUCUUACCCUUCGUGCCCUCCAGGUGCCUACCCUAAGCCCUUGGGACUUUCUAGAACAUGCAUUGUUCCUGCCUGUUGGAGGUUGGGGGUGACAGUCUUUGUAGACCCAUUCUGAGGCUUCCUUUUUUUUUUAUCUUUAUAUGUCAAAUGAGCUUGGAGAUGGGUGGAGCGAGCUCUGUAAAGCAAUUGAACGUCAUUGGUGAUGACUCCAUCUUGCUGUCCUUAGGAUGACGUCACUGUUCUGUCUCCUCGAUGGUGAUCAUUCCUCCAAGAAGCUCUUUCUAAUUCCUACUCAGCAUUUUGGCCACUCCCACAUUCUAUCCUACAUUCUAUCCCCACCCCCUUAAAGACCUGAGGAAGUCUGGUGAGCCUGUAGAGGAGCCAUCCUGCCCUUGUUCUCAUCACCCAGCCCAUUCCUUUCUUCCCAUGCAUGGUCUUGGAAUGUCUCUUCCUUGGUAGUCUGGAAGACAUCAAAAGGCUGAAGUUAACAGAGUGAGCUGAUUCACUGCUCCAUUUUGGGGCUUGACGAGACCCAGAUGGCAGAGAUGAAGAAGUGAAGGCCUGGAGUUGGGGAAAGUGUGAUGAAAUGCCUCAUACGCUUAAAAUACACCAUUGAGAUUCUCAGGUGUUCUGAGCUUAGGGUGGGUUGUGACUACUUAAAGAGACAGCGAUGCUGAAAUAUCAGUUAACUAAUUACACCACACACACACACACACACACACACACACACGAGCUGUGGCACUCUGGGGAUCGGCCAACCAAGGCACAAGGUCUGCUAUCAUUGCUCCUUCCGUGGCCAGUGUCUUCUCUUCCAGAAGUGACUCCAGGUUAAAGACACCAUGGAGACGGUGCUGGUCCUCUGCAGCUUGCUGGCCCCUGUGGUCCUGGCGAGUGCAGCUGAGAAGGAGAAAGAAAAGGAUCCUUUCUAUUACGACUACCAGACCCUGAGGAUUGGGGGGUUGGUGUUUGCUGUGGUCCUCUUCUCCGUUGGGAUACUUCUCAUCCUCAGUCGCAGGUGCAAGUGCAGUUUCAAUCAGAAGCCCAGGGCUCCAGGUGACGAAGAGGCCCAGGUGGAGAACCUCAUCACUACAAACGCUGCGGAGCCCCAGAAGGCAGAGAACUGAGGUGCAGCCUCCAGCGUGAAGCCUCCAGAAGCCAAGGCCAGCUACCUGACGCUUCAGAGACUGAUGUCGAGGCUUGAGAAAACCGGCUACUUCAUACCAGACCUUUCCCUAGGAGAAGCCAAGAAUGCGUGUUCCCUGUGCCUCUCCCUGCCCCCCACUAACCCCAGUCCUAUAUUAAUGAUGCAACACUUCUCACUGCAGCCGGGCUCUGGACCCUGUCUGUGCCGUGUCUGUGCCGUGUCUGUGCCGUGUCUGUGUGUGUCUGCUGACUGUGGUCGACCGUGGAUUUCAUUGUUUCUGUGAACUGUGUGCUUCCUCUCCCACGCUACCAUCGGCGCCUUGUGUCCUCCUGUGACCUCCAUCUCCUCUUGCUCUCUGGAGUCUGCUCUGUUCCUGAGGAGCCCUAGUCCCAUCUCUGGAUUGAGAGAGAGUUAGUUGUCCCCAGGGCAGGAGUCCCCAGCGGACCCAGGGCUGAGAAAGUUUGUUGCUAUUCUUUGUGGACUCUCAGAAGAAACUUGCUCUGGAUUCCACCAGUUCAGAAGGUCUGUUUGCAGCUGGAGAGUCAUUGCUGCAGGAUCUGCCUUCCAGGGCUCCUUUUCCUUUUAGGGUGUCCACUGCAGAGUCCCCAUCUGCCCCACCCUUUAGGGAACACCCAGGAAAUCUUGCCUCUGGGGAACGAGCUCCUCUCUUAUCUUCCGAGCAAUAACCUGGUAGGCUCUGGAGUCCCCCUGCCUUCAUCCACCUUUCCUGCUUCUAAGACUUCCAUCUCUGGCCCGAUUUAUCUGAGCAGAGGACUCCUUUCUUCUCCGAAGCUGGUCUCUAGCAGGAGAUAGUCAAGGGGACAGGCAGUGGAAAGGGUGGGGACGGUUCUGUCUCUCUGCCUGGUGGUGUGGAUAUGGCAGACUUUGCAGUUUCUUGUCCCUGCCUGUCAGGGGUCAGAGUGGAGAGGGAUGGAAGGGUUCAGGGGCAGCGGGGCUGAGGGUCAGAGAGCAACAGGGUAUGAGCAGCCUGGAUGCAAAGGCCAGAAGUCAAAAGUCAUCAGAGUGGAAACUCACACCGGAGCCUGCCCAACCUGCCUAAUGUGUUCCCUUGGAAACUAACCAAGCCACACUGUGUACUGGGACUGCUGAUCUCUGUCUUGUGAUCUAUAUCCUCUGACAACAGAAAAAUAAAUAAAUACAGCAUUGUUUCCUAGUGA